CAGAGACCUAGUCGUUUUGAGAGCGCUGGAGAAAAUUCCCGUUCCUCCACAUCCGUCAACCAUCAAGCACAUCAGUACAAAAUGGCUCCCGCAUCCGGCAAGAAGAAGAAGUGGUCUAAGGGCAAGGUCAAGGACAAGGCCCAACACGCUGUCAUCCUCGACAAGGCCACCUCUGAGAAGCUCUACAAGGAUGUCCAGUCCUACCGUCUCGUCACCGUCGCUACCCUCGUCGACCGCAUGAAGGUCAACGGUUCCCUCGCUCGCCAGUGCCUCGCUGAUCUCGAGGAGAAGGGCAUGAUCAAGCCCGUCGUCACCCACAGCAAGAUGAAGAUCUACACCCGUGCUGUCGCCUCCGCUUAAAUGUGCUAAUGGUAAUGGAAAUGGGAAUGUUGUUUUGACUCUGGAGAGUUGGCGUCUGAAGGGCCUGCAUGAUGAAAAGCAGGAAAAGAAGAAAUGAUUCAUGGCCAAAGAAGCCUACAAGGACAUUUUUUCAGGCUCAGUUUCGCAUUUUUUGGGAACCGGAUUUGCUUCAGUAACGGCAAUGG